UCAAAUAUACGUUUAUGUUUCUGUCAAAAUCUGUUCAAUAAGUAAAAUUUUUACUCAAGUUUCUUGCUCGAGUAUGCAUACCCGCCAUGAAUUUUUUACCUGGUGCUGCCACCAUUGCCCUGCGACGAGAAAGGGAUGCGAUGUCAAUGUUUUAUGAGGAACGCACUGCUGCAAAUCGACGCAAACACUAUAAACUACAAGAUCCGCCAAGGCCGGGGCUUAGUUUCUUUUUUCACGGACUCAUUCUCAGUGCAUGUGAACAUUUUACCAUUGAUUUCCUCACUGUGGAGGGAAAAGAAAAAGGUGAUCACUGCAAUGUGUUGCUGCAACUCGGUGCUCGACUACCUCAAAACUAUAUUGUGCGAAACUCCCGCUUAAUGGGAAAGUGGGGACCUGAGGAAAAUUCAUCACCUCUCGGCUUUCAACUGAUACGCGGGGAUACUUUUUGGAUGCAGGUACUCCUCACAGUGGAAUCGUUCUACAUAUCAGUAAAUGGCUAUCAUUUUGCUGAAUACGCUCAUCGCAUGCCGUAUAGAUGGCUGGCUUCUAUUGACCUACGCGGUGACAUUGAUGAAAUUGUCAUUGAUAAAUAUUAUGUGACAGAGUAUCCUAUCCGCCUAUCUCAAUCAGUGGCCCGAGCGCUACCGUUUGUCUACGACUCCAAUAUAUUAAAAUGGCUCAAUGGGGAAGCCACUAGUACGCUACAAAACUGGGACUCCCUGGACAAUUUAUCCAGACUGCAGAGAGCUACAAGGCAAAUAACUGCAAACCUAACACUUCCAUUUUACGGCCGCGUGCCAAACCACGAAAAGCUCGUAGAGGGACGUGCAGUUCGAAUCGAAGGCCGUGUACGCCUGAUGCCGCAAAGUUUCAGUGUGGCGCUACAGCAGGGCCAGCAAAUUUGGCCACAGCCAACAGUGUCGUUUUAUUUUAGUCCGAGUUUUUUGCGUAAAACACGCGAUAAAGUUGGUAAGGUAAUCGUCACACGGAGCGCCUAUUUAAAUGGCUCCUGGGUGAAGACGAAAGUAUCACGACUGAACACAAGUUUAAGACCAGGAAAAGCAUUUGUCAUAUUAAUUGCAUGUCGACCUAACUACUACGAGUUGUUCGUGAACAGCAAACUCUUGCUGGGCUUUAAGCAUCAAAUGAACCCCGAGUGUGUGGAUAUUGUAAAUAUCCGUGGAGACGUGAGGCUCUGGGAUGUAGUCAUCGAGACCACCAGGCUCGGUCGGCGCCGAACUGGCAAAUCAAUCAUCCAGCGUGCUAUCAGAACUUUGCGCCAAUCUCACCUUGAAUAAUUCCUCAAAAUGUUAUUGUAUAUGUGGCUUUAUCUUUCUAUGCAAUGGCAUUAAUAUGCCAUUGGACGGAAACGCAACCUGUCGAAAGCCAUGUUGUACAAAUUUAUAAGAACCACGUCGUCUUUAUUGCCUCGAUCUGCUAUUGUAGGCUGGCGUUGCCGGUGCCAAACAAACCACUACAACGAAAGCCCGGCACACACGACAGCCACUCACUGUGUGCGUAGAUUUAUGAUUUCAUCUUUACCAAACGUAUACAGAAUGUUCUGCAAUUAAAAUAGCUCUUUUAUGCGCCCUGGAGUAAGGAGUAAGUCUAGUGCAGUGCCCCGCGCUCCAACUCAUAAAUGUCAAUGUGCUGUCGUCAACUGAGCCGUUGCCCAUAAGCGGCAGUUAGCCGCAGCAGGAGCAGAAGCAGAGGAAGCUCAGACCGGACCGCUCCGGACUUGACCGUCUGAAGGGCCUCGGAAAUUGAUUAUUAAAAACGAUAAUCGAUUAAGGACACAGUAUUGCAGUGUAGUGCUGCCAGGGUCGUCACUGAGCAUGGGUUUCUCAAUUGACGUUUAUGUCUACAUGUGUUUAGCAAGACAGUUGACAUUGUUUUGGCAUGGCCAACAAAAAGCACCAGCAAAAUAAUUCAAGCCGAAAACGUCAUCCCUGUAAAUAUUUCCCAGGGCUUGCCAAAGGAAGUAGUCUCUGCCAACGCUGCGAUUGCCAAGAAAAAAUAUUAUUUAUGGUUCAAGUUCGUACGUGUUACGCAUGCUUUGGUCCAUUUUGCUAAUGAAGUGGAUUACUGAUUGUCAUUGUCCGCAGCGACCUGAGUCCAGAAUUGCAUCCUUUUUCUUAAUUUAUGGCUUUGCUGGUGGCUGGGAUGGUCCAUAUGUAUGGUAGAAUAUUUACAGCAACUAUUUUACUUUAAUAAAUAAUUGUAUUUACGCAA